UAGAUAUCAUAGAUGGCCAUGGGCAUUGCCAUUGGCGCUCAUCUCCUUGUUGGCUUGGCUGUCGGUGUUGCUUAAUUUUGUUAUGUAACAAGAGCCAGUUCAGAGAGAGAGAGAGAGAUCCACCAAUUAAUAAGAAAAACGCCAUGGUGUCGCUGGCAGAGUCCUCGCAAAACUCUUCUUCCAGGAUUCAGAGGUCCCAUGGCCGGUCCAUGCGGACCAUCCGCUCCAAUCUCUACCGAACUGAUUCAAAUCACUCCCCUGAACCCCGGGAUCUCACCGGCUUCUCAGAAAACCUAACUGAUUCUGUUGUCGAUUUCAGACUCCGUGAACUCGCCGCUGCCAUUGGCUCCUCCGCUAUCAUCGCUGCCAAGUCUGGCUCCAUCGACGCCACCACCGACCUCCUCGACAUCUCUCAGGACUUGUCCGACUUUUCCAGCUUUAACUCAGACAUUUCCGGUGAACUCCAGCGUCUCGCAGCCGUCCCUGCCUCUUCUCUUUCCCAGCCACAGCUUUGUCGAAAUCCCGCCUCCAGUGAUGAUCAUCACUUGGAUGAUCCUGAUCUUCAGGGUCUGGGUUUUUGGGGCGACAACAUCAUCUCUUCUUCCGAGAUCCUUGAGACGGCAUCGCCGGAGAGUCUCGAACCGGCGGUCAGCUUGUUCGUGGACAUCUUAGAGUCGUCAUCUGCGGAGAUCGACGCAAAGCGCACUGCUGCAGACAAGCUCAGGUUGCUGGCCAAACACCGGUCGGACUUCAGGGAGAUGAUCGGAUCGUCUGGUGCGAUCCCAGUGCUGAUUCCUCUGCUUAGAAGCACGGAUCCGAAGGCGCAGGAGAAUGCGGUGACAGCUCUGCUUAACCUUUCGCUAGAGGAGCAGAACAAGGCCUCCAUCACCGCUGCGGGGGCGAUCAAACCGCUUGUGUACGCGCUAAAGACGGGGACAGCGAUAGCGAAGCAAAACGCUGCGUGCGCUCUGCUGAGCCUGUCGAUGAUCGAAGAGAACCGAACGACUAUUGGUGUGUGCGGAGCAAUCCCGCCCCUGGUGUCUCUGCUCCUUAAUGGAUCCACCAGGGGCAAGAAGGACGCGCUGACCACGCUGUACAAGCUGUGCGCCGCGCGGCAGAACAAGGAGCGAGCCGUGAGCGCGGGAGCGGUGAGACCACUGGUGGCCUUAGUCGGGGAGCAUGGGAGUGGGACCACGGAGAAGGCGAUGGUAGUGCUGAGCAGUCUCGCGGGAAUCCCCGAGGGCCGUGAGGCCAUUGUGGAGGAAGGAGGGAUACCAGCGUUGGUGGAAGCCAUCGAGGAUGGUUCCGUGAAGGGGAAGGAGUUCGCGGUACUCACGUUGCUCCAGCUCUGCGCCGAAAGUGCGCGCAACCGGGGCUUACUUGUGCGCGAGGGCGCCAUACCUCCACUGGCCGCCCUCUCUCAGUCCGGCUCCGCAAGAGCCAAGCUCAAGGCAGAGACCUUGCUGGGGUACUUGCGAGAACAGAGACAGCAGGACGCCGGGGCUGCUGCUGCUGCAGCAACUGGUCUUUUGAGGUAUGCAACGAUGGUUUCAAUUCUCAAGAUGUGUUAGGGGAGGAGACAAAAUGUAGCCCUGUCUAAUUAUUUUUUAAAGACAAAUAAGAGGGCACCCUUUUGCUCGCAACCUUGUAAUUUAUAAUAUUUCAAAGGCAAAAUGUAGAGCACUAGGCAGUGGGCAGUGGCGAACCCGCGGGGAGGCUGCCAAUCCACAUGACGGCCGCCCUAUGGUCAAUGAUAAUGAGAAAAAAGGCCACCAUACUGGCGAAGAAAGUUGUUCCAAGUCACAUACAUGUAACAUAAGCUUCUUCUAGCCAUCAUCAUUAAACUAAGCCGAGGGAAGGCUGAGGAGGUUGGUGGGGGGCCAUUGUCAGAUCUAUAUUAUAUUAAUUCAUUAAUGUUUGUAGUAAUGAUUACUAGUCUGGGGGCUAACCCAACAAUUAAGAUAUAUCUUGCGUGUCAAUUUAACGUGCUUUGCUGAGCUGCACUAGUAUACCUAAAGACUAGAGGUAUACAAUUUAAUAUCAUUGAGUCAAUGUAUUAGGUUUUGAUGGCUUGUACUCGUCGAAACAGAGAAUUGUUUAAUGCUCAUCUUGGUGGUUUGUGUA